UUUUGUAAUUUACCCUAUUUAUUUUUGUAAUCAGGCUAAUCAGCUACGAUCGUUUAAUAAGAGUCUUUUCGAGGUUGGACGAGAAUAUUCGUACUCGUUCAAAACUUGGGGAGGUGGAGCUGGAGCAGAAGCAGAAGCAGCAAUGGUUCUUCUGUGUUUCAUGCUCGAUCUUCGAAGUUUAUGUCCUUCAUUACUCAGAGAGCUAAAACACUGCUUAUUGCAGCUCGCAAAUCUCUACGCCAUCUCGCCCGCACGAGCCGGCAGAGAGAAGCAUUCGGAAGUCCUUAUAGACCAAAUCGGACUGUGUUACCUCCAGAAGAACAGAAUUUCGUCUUCCGAUGAGCUGAAGAUUGCCUACUGUCCGAGAGGAAACUUUAGUCUCCGUGAUUUUCAUCAUGCCGUUAAUCGCUUACCUGCUGAUGCAUUUUUGCCGGAAAUGAGUGAUUCUGGAGCUACCUCUGGUGAUGUUAUGCUUGAAAAGCUUCUAAAUGGCAAAGUUCUGUACUCGUGGGGUAGUAAAGAUAUUGUGAGGAAAGUGAUCUUCAUUAGUUCUUGCUUGGUGGAAAUCAUAAGCCCUAUUACGAGGAAGACUCUUAUGGAUGCAGCAGAUAAUUGCGUUUCAGUAGAGUUUGUUUUACUGGAGCAAGAACUUAUCCAAAAUAAUAUCUCAGAGAAUAUCAAGGAGUUCAUCAACAGUAUCUCUGAUCUGGAGAACUGCUCUUUUCAGACCUGUCUUCCUGAUAACUGGGUCUUGUGUGGCCUGGUCAAACGUUGGCUACAAGAGCUCAAAGGUGACCUAGAGGACCCAUUACAAGCUAUUUUUAUCUUCAAGAGCAAUAUCAUAGGCCCUACAAAUCGGCUUGUUUGCCAUUUGUUUUCUUCUGUCAACCAAAUAAUUGAUGGGUUCAGCUCGUGCCAGGCAUGUAGGUGUCAUGCUUUGCCCUUGGGUGGUGCCAUUGGCAAUAGUGCAAAUGAGGGUGCUUCUUGUCCAGUCACACUUCGUGAGCUUGGAACAUCCGACUUAAUUGAAAAUGCAGUUAAGGUCGGUGAACAGACAAUCUUGUUCCUGCCCUCCUUUGAAAGCUGUCCAAAGUUCCACCAAGUUUCUUCACCUAUUGUCUUCAAUGUUAUUGAGCGAACCAAUUUAAGUGCUCUUAGUGAAGGUGUUAUAAUUGGGAUUUCCUAUAUCGUCACUCCUUCAGCUUACCAUGAUAUGGAAGCCACUUCUGAUGAGUGUGACAAGUCAGAGCUGAAUACUCAAUUUUUCCAAGGGCUUCGACAAGCACUUUGUUCUCUGGAUCAGGGGUUGGUUUGCUCUUCAAACUGUAACAUUGAAACCAUGAAAGAGGGAACUUUAAACUGCUUUUAUCUUCUUCAACCUUCAGACAAGGGGCCAAUGCUUCUCAGGAGGCUUGCAGGAGCAGAGGAAAUCAUGCCUGUUCCCGACGCAGCUGGAUCAAAAAAUUCUGCAGUACCCAAGGAGAUGGAGAAAUCCAUUCAAGCCUCUUUGUUAGAGGUGAAAUUAAGAGACUACAACCCUCUUCUUCAUGUGAGAGGUUUCCAUACAAAGUUGGACUUGCUCAUAAAAGAGAGCUUACAAUUUGGGUCAUUACCACCAAAAGAGAAGGAAACAAGCUCUGAGUCCAACUCUCCCAAUACAAAGGAUUCAGAAACAAUGGUAUCCACAUCAUCAAUGAAAGGAACUUUAGAAAUAGAAGACCGCCAUACCUCAUUACUGACUCAGGAUACCAAAAAAAAUAAGACCAAGAUGGCUGCUUGUAUUACAGAAGAAUGUAUACAGCUCAUUGUCAAUGGAGUCCCCCAGAUGUGUUCUCCCACUAGGAUUUCCAAACUCAAGAUGGAGAAAUCAGUUCCAUCUUCACCAGAUGGUAACAAGACGUUGAAUGAUAGACAUUGGGCCACCAACAAUAAAUGUAAGACUAUUGCUUGUAUUGCAGAAGAAUGGGCACAACCAAUUGAUGAUGAAGUCCUCCAGACAUGUUCCCCCACUAGUCUUUCCAAAUCCAGGAUGGAGAAAUCAGUUCUAGUGCCAGUAGAUAGUAAUAAGACAUUGGAUGCUAAUCAAGUGGACACUAAAGAAAACAAGAGUAAGAAUACUUCCUGUGUUACAGAAGAAUGGGAACAACUGAUUGUUAACAAAGCUCCCCAGGCAUAUUCCCAUACUAGGAUUUGCAAACCUGAGAAGGAGACAUCAGUUCUGUUGCCAUCAGAUGGUAUCAGUACAUUGGAUGAUAAUUAUCAAGGUACCAAAGAAGCUACGAGUGUGAAAACUGAUUGUGUUACAGGAGAACGGAAACAACUGAUGACAUGUUCUCCCACUAGGCUCUCCAAACUGAUGAUAGAGAAAUCAGUUGUAUUGCUGCCAGAUGGGGAUGAGACAUGGGAUGACAAAUCUGAGGACACUAAAGAAGAUGAGUGCAAGUCUACUGCUUGUAUUACAGAAGAAUGGGAACAACUGGUUGUUGAAGAAGUUCCUAAGCAAUGUUCCACCAUUAGAUUUUCUAAACCCAAGAUGGAGAAAUCAGUUCUGUCACCCUCAGAUGGUAAUAAAACAUUGGAUGAUAAAACCUCAAGGAUUUUAGAAAGACUAGAAUGUCCACAAGGGUUGAAAAAGAGAUCGGCUUGGGCUGUUAUCACAAGUGAUGUAAGCACAAGUGGACAUGUACUGUUGAAGAAACCUGUUGUUCCUUUUGGGCCCAAUCAUGCAACAGGUCCAGGUUCUGCAUCAACCCGACCACUGAAGCCAAUUUUUCAGAGGCUGAAAAGAAAAUAAAGACGAGUUUCUGUUUGUGUACUGCAGCUGAGAAAGCCCAAAGACACGUGAAUAGGGGUAUGAGUUACAUUUAUGCCAACUGAAUUUUCCAGCUUUUACCUUUUCAACCCUUCACGUUUUGAAUGCUGUUAUGGCCUGUGUAUGAGUUAACAAAUUGGAAAGGGAAAAUCACUAUCCAUGUCCACCAAAUAACAAUAUGUGGCCCACCAUCAACUACUUGGUUCCUGCUCUUGGUACUUGGAUGGCCUACAUGGGCAUGACUUAUAGAUUAGGUGUAUGCAUUCCUCCAUAAUGUAAAGUCGGCUAUAACCUAUAAUCAGAAAGCAGCUACUGACCUACCUUGGCUUUGGGUUGGCUGCUUAGGUCUUGGAAUUAGUGACAUAAUUGGCCAUGAUCCAUUACACUAUUGAGUGAACCCUACAUGUGUUGGGGAAAACGGUGGUUUCAAAACAUAAUAGGUAUGUUAUAAGCAAGGGUUCUCCACGAGAUUGGGUGCUAAGAUGAUGGUAAAAUCAAUCCAUCUGAUGAGGACCCACUGGUUUUGCUAGUCAGUUUCCUUAUGCAUAUUAUUCUCUGGUUCUCUGCCUCAAAACUUUAUUGUAUUUUCUUUAGUUAAAAAGAACUCUUAUCGCACAAUGUUGCUAAGGGCCAUUAAGUUGCAACUUGCAACAUGAAAAGAGGGUGGAAAUGGCAGAGCAAUUGAAGUUAGUCUUGUUCAUGGUAGUUGGAGAGGAAAAAAAUAGAGACGUCCCAAGGAUCCCUUUCUCUUUGGGUGGACCAAUGUUAUUGGAGGACUUUUUACAGAAUGGCACCAAUGGGUUAACACUCAAAUGGUCAAAUUGAAGCAUGUUUGAUCUGUAUAUGGUUCUAGAGUCUUUCACUUGUGCUUUUCUGAAUGGAUCACAUCUAUGAAGGAAAUGCCAUGGAAAAAUCCAUACGACUAUGCGGAUCCAAAGUCGUUAUUCCCUUCUGGCAUUCGCCCAAUAAGGUACGUACAAAUGGGUUAAAACUCACAUGAUCAAAUUGAAGCAUGUUUGAUCUGUAUAUAUGGCUCUAGACUUGUGCUUUUUUGAAUGGAUCACAUCUAUGAAUGAAAUGCCAUGGAAAAAUCUAUGCUACUUUUGUAUUCAUUAUUAUCCCAAAAGAAAACCAGUUUUGGGGUUUCCUUUUUA